AUGCAACAAUCGAGAGUCGCCUUGCUUCUUUCACUCACUCUCAGUCAAGUUCUGGUGGUGUUUUGCGCUUCGGAGGCGAAAUUCGGAUCUCUUGUGACCUUUGGUACGAAGCAAGCUAGCUUAAAGCAAUGCUAUUCCACCACGCUUAAAGCGAACGUAUUCAGUUUAGUACCGAUCACGAGGGUCGUCACCUUUACUCCACAAAUGCCCGUGAGAUACAUUACAGUAGCCUCCAAAACGUCCGGCACACUUUCGGCCCGCAUAGUGCAAGGUGGCAUCAACAUGGAUUCUGCGCGACCGAUCAGUGUUGCACUUGCAUCCGACUACGGUGGACGACUGAACGCGGAAAUCAACGCAUACUGUGCUUAAAAGAAGUUAAUCCCACCGAAAAAUGGAGCUCAGAAUAGGGGUGCAGUUGCUGAUACUACUCCUCGGAAACAAGG